AUGGUUAGCAUUAAAUUAAAGAAUGAACCGGAACUGUUACAGUAUGGCAACGAUCAAAAGAUAGCAAAAUUAAUGAAUAUGUUAACGCGAACUAACAGAGACAAGCAACAGUCUCUCUAUGAUAACGAAUAUAGCGAACCAGAGGGCAACGAUAUGUACGAUAUCGAUAUUGAAAAUACAGAAAAUGCAGCCGUAAAAGGAACAGCCACAAAGUUGAUAGCGGCACAGAAGAAAGGACAAAGUGAAUAUGUGGGAUUCAUUGAGCCGAAAGUUUCAAAUCAAAUGAAACACAGGGAAAUAUUGAAGAAACGGGUAGAUCAUCAAAUAGUAAAGCAAACUAACUUAAAACCAACUCUUCAUCUUGGCAAUUUCCUUACUUUAGCAGCAGCAACAGUUUGCAUGUUAGCAGUGGUAGUUGGGGUUGCAACUGGCAGUUACUAUUUUUUCAAGGAUCGAUCUGAAAAAUCUGCAGCUGAUAAUUGUGAUUUUACAUACGCACCUACCGGUCCUGGAAAAAGCAAGAAAAAGAAGGGUGGUGAUGAAGGACUGGCAUAUAAGGCACAGCUACAUCAUUAUCAGCAAGCAAAACAGAAGGUAAUAUCAGAUGAAAAUGGAGCAGUAACACUUCCGGAUAUUUAUGACAGCAGUGAAACAUCCGAAGAUGAAAACAAUUUUUCGGUCUAUGAAUGCCCUGGUUUAGCACCAACCGGUGAUAUUGAAAUGCCACGGUAUACAUCGCUAAUGAUACAUUCAUCAAAUUGGCAAGCGCGAUUAAUGGCAAAAAUCGAGCUCGAAAUCGAUAUUGUUGUUAACAAACUGUCCGAACAAUGGAAAGAAAUUGAAGAAGCAGCCGAUAUGCUAAACUACUUUGUUACAGUUGAUUGGCAGUCUCAAAGGACUAUACUAUCGUCUUGUCUUCGAGAAGAUCUUCAGCACCUUCUAUCAUAUCUUAUGAUGGAGGUAAUGAAGUGGUUUGGAAUGCACGAUACAAUGACUUAUCCGACAGUUAUUACGCCCAUGAAACCAAAUGUUAGAGUGGAAAAAAUCAUUGCACGCUGCAAGCGAAGUUUACAAGCUGUCGCAGACAAUGCAUUCACGAAAUCAACUUGA